CAAAUUGAAGUUUAAGGGUCAAGGUGCAAUGUUCAGAGUCAUACAAUAAAUUACCUAUUAAGCAGGCUAGUUCAGCACUUCUGGUCAUCUACAUUGGCAUAAACAUGAAUCUGACUGCAGAAAACCAUACUAUUAAUCUCAGGGAUGGAAACCGUAUUCCAUUGCUGGGAUUGGGCACUUAUGGGGACCCUCUAAAGACACCAAGAGGCACAGCACUUGAUUGUGUAAAGCUGGCCAUAGAUGUGGGUUACAGGCACUUUGAUGGGGCAUUGGUGUAUUUCAAUGAGCACGAAGUGGGCCAAGCAAUUAGGGAAAAAAUUGCUGAUGGAACCGUUAGAAGAGAGGACAUCUUUUACUGUGGAAAGCUCUGGAACACCUUUCACCCACCAGAGUUGGUGAGACCGACCUUGGAGAGAACACUGAAAGCCUUGAAGCUAGACUAUGUGGAUCUUUAUAUCAUUGAGCUUCCCAUGGCCUUCAAGCCUGGAAAUGACUUCUAUCCUAAAGAUCAGAAUGGAAAAUACAUCUACCACCACACAGACCUCUGUGCAACAUGGGAGGCUUUAGAGGCUUGCGUAGACGUGGGGCUGGUUAAGUCUCUGGGCGUCUCCAACUUCAACCGCAGACAGCUGGAACUGCUGAUGAACAAACCUGGCCUCAAGCACAAGCCUGUAUCCAACCAGGUUGAAUGCCAUCCGUACUUCACACAACCCAAGCUUCUGGAGUACUGUCGUCAGAAUGACAUUGUGAUUGUUGGCUACUGCCCAAUUGGCUCCUCCAGAGAUGCAUCAUGGGUGAAUUUAAAAAGUCCUCCCAUGCUGGAGGAUGAGGUGCUUGUAUCCAUUGGGAAAAAGUACAACAAGAGCAGCGCCCAGGUAGCUCUGCGCUUCAAUGUCCAAAGAGGAGUCGUAGUGAUCCCCAAGAGCUUCAGUCCUGAGAGAAUCAAACACAACUUUCAGAUAUUUGAUUUUUCACUCACUGAUGAAGAAAUGAAAGCAAUUGAAGCACUGAACAAAAAUAUUCGUUUUGUGGAGCUGCUAAUGUGGAGUGACCAUCCAGAGUACCCAUUUCAUGAUGAAUAUUAGAACUUUUCAUUAUUUCUUAUGUGCAUAAUUUCUUGUUAUACAGCUGAUUAGAACAAAACAUAAACUCGUAGUCUUGUUGGUAUCAUCGACAACCUUAAUUCACCAAUUAACUAUUCAAUCAAGUAUUUUAUGGUACAUUUUCAUACUAAACACUAGAGGGCUCUAGUUCACAGCGAAUGAAGAGGACACACUUGCUUUCAAGGAAAACGUACAGUUCUAAUGUGUACUGAUGUAGCAGUUUAUUUGUUGUGUGAGUCUCACAUAAGGCACAUGUAAUUAAAAAAUAUUUUAAAUGAAUUUAUACAACAGCUGUCAUAAAUAAAGUCUGGUUUGAAAAUAA